CGUCCGCCGUGUUCCGCUCGAGGACGCGGCUUUCCCGCCCGCGCUGAGGCACCCCGUGGCGCCGGGGCGGACGGGCACCAUGGCGGCGGGCCGGCUGUGCGGCUCCUCGACCGGGCUGUGGGACUGGAACCAGACGUGGUUCACCAACAGCCCAAGAUUUACCUGGUGCUUCGAGAACACAGUCCUUGCUUGGAUCCCCUGUGCCUACCUGUGGAUCUGUUUUCCUUUCUACUACUUGUACCUUCGACGCAAAAACAAAGGCUAUAUCAGGAUGUCCUACAUCUUCAAAAUCAAAAUGGUCCUUGGAUUCCUCUUGGUAAUACUGUGUUUUUCUAAUGUCUUCUUUGUACUGUGGGAAAUAAGCCAAGGAAUCCCUCGGACUCCAGCAUUCUUCAUCAGCCCGGCAGUGUUGGGGAUCACAAUGAUCCUUGCCAUGUUCCUUACCCAAGCAGAAAGAAUGAUGGGCAUCCAGUCUUCAGGCAUCAUGUUGAUUUACUGGCUGCUCACAUUCUUGUCUGCACUUGUGAUGUUUAGUUCCAAAAUCCAACAUGGCCUGGAAAGAGGGUUCUUGGAAGACUUUUUCCACCAUGUUGCCACUUACCUUUAUGCUAGCCUGGUGCUUGGUGAACUUGUGUUAUUCUGCUUAGUGGAUCACCCUCCUUUCUUCACUAAAGCUGUCAACAGUUCUAAUCAAUGUCCAGAAGCCAGCAGCUCUUUUCUGUCCAAAAUCACAUACUGGUGGUUCUCUGGGCUUGUCUGGAAAGGCUGUCGGCAGUCUUUGGGGGUGGAUGACCUGUGGUCAGUGAGGAAAGAGGACUCCUCUGAAGAAACUGUUGCCUGGGCUGAGAGGGAGUGGAAGAAGUAUAACAACAGAACGAAGCAAAAAAUGGAGUCUGCUACUUUUAAAAAGAGUCAGAAUGAAACUGACAUUGGAGAAGCUGAAGAGACAGAGGUUCUGCUGCAGUCAGAGCACAGUCAGAGUGGGCCAUUGCUGCAAGCAUUUUGGAGCAUGUUUGGAAUCUAUUUCCUGCUCAGCACCCUCUGCUUAGUUAUAUGUGAUGUCUUCUUGUUCUCCAUUCCAAAGAUACUGAGCCUUUUCCUUGAGUUCAUUGAAGAUCAAGAGGCCCCUAGCUGGCAUGGUUAUUUCUAUGCCUUCAUUCUGGUUCUUUUAGCUUGCCUCCAGACUCUAUUUGAACAACGAUAUAUGUACAUGUGUCUCGUUCUGGGUCUGAGAUUGAAAACUGCAGUAACAGGGCUUGUAUACAGGAAGAUCCUAAUCAUGUCAAAUGCAUCAAGGAAAGCAGUAACAGUAGGUGAAAUUGUUAAUCUGGUAUCCGUUGAUGUCCAAAAGCUAAUGGAUCUCGUUAUCUAUUUUAAUGGAACCUGGCUUGCUCCUAUUCGGAUUAUCAUCUGCUUUGUCUUCUUGUGGCAGCUCCUUGGGCCAUCAGCCUUGGCUUCAGUUGCUGUAUUCCUUUUUCUUUUGCCUCUGAAUUUUAUGAUCACCAAGAAGAGGAGUCAUUUCCAGGAGGCCCAGAUGAAGCAUAAAGACAAGAGGGCCAAACUUACCAAUGCCAUUCUUAGUGACAUUAAAGUAAUCAAGCUCUAUGGUUGGGAAAAAACCUUCAUGGAAAAAGUGCAUGCUAUCCGGGAGCAAGAACUUCAGGCUCUAAAAAGAUCUCAGAUUCUCUUUUCAGCAUCUCUAGCUUCUUUCCAUUCAUCAACUUUCCUGAUUGCAUUUGUCAUGUUUGCUGUCUAUACCCUGGUGGAUAACACACACGUCCUGGAUGCUCAGAAGGCCUUUGUAUCUUUAACACUGAUCAACAUUCUCAACACCGCGCACUCAUUCCUGCCAUUCUCCAUAAAUGCUGCUGUCCAGGCCAAAAUUUCUUUAAAACGCUUAGCAGCUUUUCUGAAUCUGGAAGAACUGAAUCCUGAAAGCUCAAACAGAAACACUUCUGACUGUGGUGAGCUUUUGUUACAGGCAAGUAUCAUUGUAAGAAAUGGAACUUUCUGCUGGAGCAAAGACACUUCUCCCUGUCUUAGAAGGAUAGAUCUUACUGUACCACAAGGCUCCUUGCUUGCUGUAGUUGGCCAAGUGGGUGCUGGAAAGUCCUCCUUGCUGUCAGCGUUACUUGGUGACCUGGAAAAGAUGGAUGGCUGUGUGACUAUGAAGGGCACAGCAGCUUAUGUCCCCCAGCAAGCUUGGAUACAGAAUGUUUCAGUGGAAGAUAAUAUUCUCUUUGGGAAGGAGAUGGAUGAAACGUGGUUUAACAAAGUGGUUGAUGCUUGUGCACUGCAACCUGAUUUGGAGAGCUUCCCUGCAGGGCAGAAGAGUGAAAUAGGCGAGAAGGGAAUAAAUAUAUCUGGAGGACAGAAACAAAGAAUAAGCCUCGCUCGUGCUGUGUACCAAAGGUCUUCCAUUUACCUACUAGAUGACCCCCUCUCUGCCGUUGAUGCCCACGUUGGACAGCACAUUUUUGAACAUGUUCUUGGACCCAAUGGUUUACUGAAGGACAAGACUCGUGUUCUUGUGACUCACAUGAUCAGCAUUUUGCACCAAGUGGACAACAUUGUUGUGUUGGUGGAUGGAAUGAUCGCAGAAAUUGGUUCCUACCAAGAACUUUCACAGAGAAAUGGGGCUUUUGCAGAGUUUCUUCAGUCACACAAUACUGCAGAAGAGAAGGCAUGCUCUGGUUUUCCAGCUACAGGGGACAUGGGAGAUACCAUCACCUCUAGAAACAAUCUGUCAGAGGACAAGCUCUUUAGUGACAAUUCAGUCAAAUCUCCUGCUAUGGGAAGGAAGACCAUUCCUGUAAGUCAAGACUGUACUACUGCUGAAGUCACUGAAGGAAGAUUAACCAGGGGAGAGAAAACUCAGCAAGGCAGGGUUAAAGCUUCAGUUUAUGCAGCCUACCUGAGGGCUGUAGGCUCACCACUGUGUGCCUCCAUCAUUUUGUUGUUCACAUGUCAGCAAGGUCUAUCAUUUUUUCGUGGUUAUUGGCUCAGCAUGUGGACAGAAGACCCUGUACACAAUGGUACACAGCAGUACACAGAGCUAAGAGUUGGAGUCUUUGGUGCACUAGGAGUCAUUCAAGCUGUUGUCAGAUUUGUGUCCACAGCAGCAAUCUUUCUAGGCGGCGUGUUAGCUUCACACAAGCUGUUUGUGCAGUUGCUGAGGAAUGUUGCUAGAUCCCCAGCAGUCUUCUUUGAAGAGACACCCAUUGGAAACUUGCUGAACCGCUUCUCCAAAGAGAUGGAUGCCAUUGAUUCUAUCAUCCCUGACAAGCUGAAGUCCUUUCUGGGAUUCUUGUUCAACUUGCUUGAGAUCUACCUUGUGAUUAUAGUGGCUACACCAAAGGCAGCUAUGGCCAUAGUGCCCUUGACUGCUUUUUACGCUGUAUUCCAGCAUUUCUAUGUCAUCACCUCCUGCCAGCUGAGACGCAUGGAGGCUGCCAGCAGAUCACCAAUCUACUCCCAUAUUUCAGAAACCUUCCAGGGGAGCAGCGUGAUCCGUGCUUACAAGGACCAGGAGAGGUUUAUUUUGAAAAGCAACUGCCUAGUGGAUGAGAAUCUGAGAAUAUGCUUCCCUGGAGCUGUUGCUGACAGGUGGCUUGCAACAAACCUAGAGUUCCUAGGCAAUGGCAUUGUAUUGUUUGCAGCACUAUUUGCAGCAACUGGCAGAACACAUCUUAGUCCAGGAACUGCAGGCUUCUCCAUUUCAUAUGCUCUUCAGAUAACUGGUGUUCUGAACUGGAUGGUGCGCUCUUGGACAGAAAUUGAAAACAACAUUGUUUCUGUGGAGAGAGUGAGCGAAUACUCCAGGACUCCUAAGGAGGCACCCUGGACUCUAAAUGACAAACUUCAAGGUCAAGUUUGGCUUACUGAAGGAAGAAUUGAAUUUAGAAACUAUAGUUUUCGAUACAGGCCAAAUUUGGAGUUAGCUCUGAAGCACAUCAACCUAACUAUCAAUGGAAAAGAGAAGAUUGGCAUAACUGGAAGAACAGGAGCUGGAAAGUCUACUCUUGCUGCAGGAUUGCUGCGACUAGUGGAAGCUGCAGAAGGAGCAAUUCUAAUUGAUGGACAAGACAUUGCCCAGCUAGGUCUCCACGACCUUAGAAUGAAGAUAACUGUCAUCCCCCAGGAUCCAGUUUUGUUUUCUGGCACUCUAAGAAUGAAUCUUGACCCAUUAAACCAAUACACUGAUGCAGACAUCUGGACAGCUCUGGAACUGACUCAGCUCAAGAACUUUGUUGCAGAUUUGCCAGAGCAGUUGGAAUAUGAGUGCACUGACCAAGGGGAAAACCUAAGCACUGGUCAGAAGCAGCUGGUUUGCCUGGCCAGAGCACUUCUUCAGAAAGCCAAAGUCCUCAUUCUAGAUGAGGCCACAGCAGCAAUAGAUAUAGAAACUGAUCUUCAGAUUCAGUCUGCUCUGAGAACUCAAUUCAAAGAGAGCACAGUGUUAACAAUAGCUCACCGGAUAAACACCAUCAUGGACUGUGACAGGAUUUUAGUCUUGGAAGAUGGUCAGAUAGCUGAAUUUGAUACUCCGAAACAAUUAAUAGCUCAGAAGGGACUAUUCUACAAGCUAAUGGAAGAAUCGGGUCUUGCUUGACUGACUGAUGGAGUACACCAUCAUGCCUCCACUAUCAUAAGUUACUGAUCUGCUAAUUGAGUUAUCAUCUUGGUUUUAUUCUAAAAUGCCUGACAUUCAACUACAUCUUGUUUGAGCUACAACUGCAGUGAGUAGAUGAAAAGGGAAGACCUGAGAUACACGUUAUUUCCUUAGGAAACUGAGCCAUUCUGUUUUUAUUAUGUUUCCAGAUACCAAAACCUCACUCUUACCUUGAAAAUAAGUGUCAGAAUCUUCAAAUUAAACACCUUACUGCUUUUAUGGUAUGAAAACUAACCAAAGAACCACAGCAUUUCCCAAUUAUGCUAUAAAUUGAGCCUGAAUACACUGACAUACUUAAGGACUACACAGGUUAUUUUUAAAAGCCAAGAUUUCCUAGAGAGUAAGAUUUGAAUUGAUAGCAAGCAAACUAUGUUUACAUUUUAUCCAAAGCUCCAGGCAGAACAAAUUGAGCCUUUUGCCAAAGUCUUAAGAACUGAUCACCUAAGCACUGUUCUUACACAAAUGUGGUAGACUCCCCAGCAGCAACUGGAUGAAGUCAUCCAAAGUGCAAAAACUCAGGGGAAUAGGGAAGAGAAAGUAGGAGGCCACUAAGCAUGACAGCACACAGCUGCCUCUGUGCUGCCUGUUGUCACAGCCAGUGAUCAGAUCCAUUCCAUCUCCCUCAUCUGCUUUGCAUGGGAUCUGACUGAAUCAUGCUGUGUGGAAGGCUGACAACUCGCCUGAAGGAAAGCCAACUUAAAGAAAGUAGUAACUGAGCUGUUAGGGGGCAGCAGAACAUCAUUCACCGUAUUUGAAGUCCCAGUCACAGCACAGUGCAUCCAAACUCGGACACCAGUAUUUCCAAAUUGAAUUUCGUCAUGAUGAAUUUCUGUGGCAGUGUCCUGCAGUGUGACAGUCUGGCAGACGGGCAAAGGUUCAUGUUUUACGUGGUUCAUUCUUGGCUUUCUCCUGGAGUGCAAGCUUACCUCCUGUGCGUACCACCCUGGCACCACAUCUCUCAGGUAUUACUUCAACAAACCAAAAUGGCUGCCUGAAGCAAAGCCUUCCUGGGCUUCCCACAGCACCGAGCUGCUGUCAGAGCUGCCCCCAAGUCUUUCUUCAGGGACUGCAACAGGACAACAUGGUGAGAAAAUCACACUGUGAAAUGCUGCUGUUUACUAUCACCUUCAUGAACGCAUUUCAUUUGCCAGAAAGCUGCAAUAAAGACAGAAGCAGGUAUUAAAAUGGCUCAGGUCACAAGUAAGGAUGGAGAGUGAGAAAAGUCAAAUGCCUGCUGCCUUACUGCUAUUAAAAUACUAGCAAAAAAAAAAAAAAAAA